AUCAUUGAUAAACUUCUCAAGACAACCCACUUCUCUCUCUCCGUUCCUCCCCACUCCCUCGCCCCUUGUUCUAGACUUGCCUUAGGUUUUGUUAGGGUUUCGGUCAUCUAAUUUUGCCUUGAGGCUUGUUUUUCCUGAUGGAUGAUUAUCAAGAGAUGGAAAGGUUUGGCAUGGAGAAGGAUUACGAGGACGGCCAAUGGAUCGGCAGCGAGUUCUAUUAUCGCAAGCGCAAGGAUAAGCGCGUCCAGACCAAAGACGAUGUACUCUAUGGCAUAUUCUCUGCCGAUUCCGACGACGACGAUGAAGACAACGAGGGCUCCAGAAAACGCAGGAAAGAUCGAAAGGUCGUCGACCUCACCAAGCCCGUCAAUUUCGUCUCCACCGGCAUCGUCAUGCCCAACCAGGAGAUGGACAACAAUUCAAAGCAGCAAAACGAUGACCUCGGCGCUACCGGCGUUGCCACCAGUGGCCUUGGCUUUGGUGCCGCUACGGCUUCAGGUUUGGGUUUUAAUAAUUUGAAUUCCGGUUUAGGUUUUAAUUCGAAUUCGGAUCCCACCGGUGGAGAGGAGGAGGAUGAGGAAAAUGACAGCAAUUUUCUGCCGACGGCGUUUGGGAAGAAAAUAAAGGAGGGAGCAGAGAGGAGACAGAAGGAGAGGGAAAAGCUCAAAUUGCUGAAGCAGACUACUAUCCAAUCUCGAAGUCGAAGAGAUUCUGAAGAAUCUCAGUUUGGACUAGGAGGAGCAAGGGGGGGCGGCGGGGAUGGGGGCCUGGGGGCCUUUGAGAAACACACCAAGGGCAUUGGGAUGAAGAUGCUUAAGAACAUGGGCUACAAAGGAGGUGGACUUGGCAAGAGCCAGCAAGGGAUUCUCGCUCCUAUUGAAGCCAAGUUGAGGCCAAAAAAUAUGGGUAUGGGUUUUAAUGAUUACGAGGAGACUAAAAUCAAGAGGCCUGGCUUGCAAGAAUUGGAAGCUGAAAAGCCGAGCAAGCCUUUGCCCGCGGCCAGUUCCUCCACCACCACCAAAAAGAGCCUUUCCUGGAAAAAGGCCGUUGCCAACAGGGCUAAUAAGGACCACUAUGUCUCUGCCAAGGAGUUGUUAGCCAAGAAGCAGGAAGAGAGUACCGAGGUCUUUGUGCACAAGGUGGUUGAUAUGCGCGGACCCCAGGUUCGAGUCUUGACCAAUUUGGAGAAUUUGAAUGCCGAAGAGAAAGCGAGGGAAGAGGAUAUUCCCAUGCCUGAGCUACAGCACAACCUGAGGUUGAUUCUGGACUUAGCUGAGCUGGAUAUUCAGAAGAUUGAUAGGGAUCUGAGGAAUGAGAGGGACACGGCGAUCAGCUUGAACCAGGAGAAAGAGAGGCUGGCAACGGAGGUAGCCAGACAGAAGCAACACUUGGAUAGCUUGGGGGAUAUUAUGAGCGUGUUAGACCGACUGGGAGAAGAGAAUAUCAUGGGAACAUUGACGCUGGACUCCCUGGCAAAGGACUUUGGUGACCUACAGAAGAGAUACGCUGACGACUAUAAAAUAUGUAACUUGUCUUGUAUUGCCUGUUCUUUUGCUCUACCUCUGUUUAUCAGGAUGUUUCAAGGUUGGGAUCCUCUUAGGAACCCGUCCCAUGGGUUGAAUGUGGUAUCCUCAUGGAAGGGUUUGCUUCAUGGAGAGGGGGAGAGAGAACAGUACCUUGAUAUUUGGGAUAAUACAAUGCCGCCUUACACCCAAUUGGUUUCCGAGGUUGUGGUACCCGCCGUGAGGAUUGCUGGCAUCAAUACCUGGCAGGCCAAGGACCCUGAACCCAUGCUUCGCUUUUUGGAGUCUUGGGAGAAAUUGCUACCUUCUUCUGUCCUUCAUGCCAUAUUGGAUAUGGUAGUCUUUCCCAAACUGAAGGACGCAGUUGACUUGUGGGAACCUCACCGGGACACUGUUCCCAUCCAUGUGUGGGUGCAUCCAUGGCUACCACUUUUGGGACACAAGUUGGAGGAGUUGUAUCACACAAUACGCUUCAAGUUGAGUAACGUUCUCGGUGCAUGGCACCCCAGUGAUGCCUCUGCCUAUACCAUACUCUCGCCGUGGAAGAAGGUGUUUGAUUCAGCCAGUUGGGAACAGCUCAUGCAUAGAUUUAUAGUACCCAAGUUGCAGCUUGUCCUACAAGACUUCCAAGUGAACCCUGCAAAUCAGAGACUUGAUCAGUUUAAUUGGGUGAUGAGUUGGGCUUCUGCUAUUCCAAUUCAUCUAAUGGUAGAUAUGAUGGAGAAGUUUUUCUUCACCAAGUGGCUACAGGUUUUGUAUCACUGGUUAUGUUCGAACCCGAACUUUGAAGAGGUUUUGAAUUGGUAUAAAGGUUGGAAGGAACUCAUUCCUGAGGAGCUUCAUGCAAAUGAAAGUAUCCGGUAUCAGCUUAAUUGCGGUCUUGACAUGAUGAAUCGGGCUGUUGAGGGUAUGGAGGUGGUCCAACCUGGUUUGAAAGAGAAUAUUAGCUACCUUAGGGUGCUUGAGCAAAGGCAAUUUGAGGCACAACAGAAAGCAGCAGCUGCACAAGCAAACUUGGGUGGCACUGCUCACAUGGAUGGCAGUGGUAAUGAGAUGAGCUUGAAAGAUGUUAUUGAAGCCCAUGCGCAGCAGCAUGGUCUGUUAUUUAGGCCUAAACCUGGGCGGAUGCAUAAUGGUCACCAGAUAUAUGGCUUUGGUAAUGUAAGCAUAAUAGUCGACUCUCUAAAUCAAAAGGUAUAUGCCCAAACAGAGGAAAGCUGGUCUCUGGUAUCCCUUGAAAGGUUGCUUGACAUGCACAAUAGUUCUCUUACAAGAAGACGCUGAGUUUUAGAAAGGCCUUUGAAGAGUUGAAGGGAUGUGUGGUGACUCUGGGCUGAGAAUGGAGCUGGUGGAUUAGGUUGUAUGUGCAGUUCCCAUUGGUCAUGGAUCAAGAACUGAAAAUAUUAGCUUGGUCAUGCAUGUGCAGUUGGCUCUUUAGACUGAAAAGAACUGAAAUGAUUUCUUUAAGAAACAAAGGAUGAAAAGAACAAGAAUAAGAGUUGAUGUAGUUUCCUCAAGUGAAUCUUGUGCUGAUGCGUGGAUUGAGAAAGAGGUGAGGAAUGACUUGAAGCUGAAACCAACUUUAGAAUAGUGCAGUCGCUUGAAAAGUGAAAUAAAACUUGUUUGUUUUCCUGAUUUGGGUCUGCGGUUCUUAUUUCGUUGGUAACACAAAAUCCCAUGCUUUAUUUAUUUAUUUAUUUGAAAUAGGACAUCCCAUAUUUUAUUGAGCUCGAGGUAAAAAUUGUGAUGCAGGAUGGUGAGAUGUAGUAGGCUACUAGGCUCUAAUACCAAAUCUAACAUAGAUCACUGCAUAUAAUAAGAGUUACUUGACAAGCUAUGUCUUUUAUUGCAAGCUGUUUAUGGCAGCAAGGCUUUUGGGGUAGAAGAUUUAGAGUGAAGGAUUUAUGGUGAAAAGAAAGGGGAAGGGGUCAGGAGUUGAAGGGAAAAAGAGGAAACCAAGUCAGGGAAGCUGUUUUGUGGCUAUGAGCAGUACCCCCAAGAACGGUAACUUGCUUGUUCCAGAAGCAACAAUGUCAGAUUAAGAAAAAAGUUUGCGGUUUGGUGGAUAUAAAAUUUUGGAAAAUUGGAGUUUCUUAGUAUGUUAAACACGUCGAUUACAAGAUGGCUGCAGGAAUCCAGAUUUGUGCUUAACACGAAGCUUGGUGGUAAAAAUCCACGUGGAAUGCAAAAGAAAAGAAUGUUCUAUAUUCUAUAAUUUUCUUUUGUUUGGUUCAUAGAUGAGAGUGGUAAAGAAAACAACGCAAAAUUUUCCUUUCAGCUAUUAGACAUUUAGCUUAAUGGCUGAUUAUUAGGCUUUAGCCUAAGGCUGUUUGCUUAAAUUUAGGUCUUGUUGUAGACUUGAUUAACAGAGUAUUUUGUGCCCUGGAUUUCUGUAUAAAUUGUGUGUACUCAUUUCAUUUCGAUAUGCAAUACGAUGUUCUUCAUAUCCCUUUCUCAAGUUCCUUUUCAACAUGGUAUUCAAGCAAAUUUUCUAUUGAGACCUAAACCACUGCUACCAUUACCCUGUUUUUUCUAUUCUUUUUCUUCUUUUUUGAGGUUACUGGAAAUCUGUAAAUUUAUAUCCACACAUGGAAAUGGGAUGUCCAUGUAUGGCUAUUAAGAGUUCUUCUUCAUUGCAAUGAAGGUUACAUUUCAGACAGGAUUGUUAUAGAAAAGGUUAGAGAUUGUUCUCUACGAAAUGUUAUAACUAGAACUAGUGACGGUGUAAGGAGUACACGAUGGGGUCAUACUACUUCCUUUUGGUCACAAAAAUCACUUCUCUAAAUGAAUAAUAAAAUAAACUAUUUGUUUUUGUCCAAGUAUAAGCUUAUCAUUCUCUAGAACUUUUUUCUUGGAGUCAGACCAUAGCACAAAUACAUUAUAUAUAUUGGAGGACUUGAUAAGCUUAUAUUUGGACAAAAACAAACAGUUUAUUUUAUUAUUCAUUAAGAGAAGUGAUUUUUGUGACCAAAAGGAAGUAGUAUGACCCCAUCGUGUACUCCUUACAUCGUCACUAGUUCUAGUUAUAACAUUUCGUAGAGAACAAUCUCUAACCUUUUCUAUAACAAUCCUGUCUGAAAUGUAACCUUCAUUGCAAUGAAGAAGAACUCUUAAUAGCCAUACAUGGACAUUCCAUUUCCAUGUGUGGAUAUAAAUUUACAGAUUUCCAGUAACCUCAAAAAAGAAGAGAAAAAACAGGGUAAUGGUAGCAGUGGUUUAGGUCUCAAUAGAAAAUUUGCUUGAAUACCAUGUUGAAAAGGAACUUGAGAAAGGGAUAUGAAGAACAUCGUAUUGCAUAUCCAAAUGAAAGGAGUACACACAAUUUAUACAGAAAUCCAGGGCAUAAAAUACUCUGUUAAUCAAGUCUACUACAAGACCUAAAUUUAAGCAAACAGCCUUAGGCUAAAGCCUAAUAAUGCUUUUUUUUUUUUGCACUAAAGGGUUCAUUCUGUGUAUGGCAUCAGUCACCUGAACCUCCUCACCAGGCAGACCCUAGGGGUGAGAAGCUGUAAAUUACUUGUUCUGUUGGUGGGGCCCUAAUGUCUCUUUUAAUCUAAGUCAUAUUUCUUAAACAUCACUUGGUGACUAGUGCACAAAGAGUUGCAUCAUGUAUGCAAUACAGAAGUUUGAAAUAAUUUGAUCUCCUGAAUCUCAGUUCUAGUACACAACUGCAUUUGUCAACCGUUCUAGGCCUGAAACUGGUUUGCUUCGCAAUAUACAUGAUGCAACUCUUCGUGCACCAGUCACCAAGUGAUGUUUAAGAAAUAUGAGACUCUUAGAUUAAAAAUUACACAUAAAACAGAUCAGAGCAAAAUAGGACAUUGUAUUGCGAAGCAAACCAGUUUCAGGCCUAGAACAGUGCACAAAAGCAGUUGUGUACUAGAACUGAGAUUCAGGAGAUCAAAUUAUUUCAAACUUCUGUACUGCAUACAUGAUGCAACUCUUUGUGCACCAGUCACCAAGUGAUGUUUAAGAAAUAUGAGACUCUUAGAUUAAAAGAGACAUUAGGGCCCCACCAACAGAACAAGUAAUUUACAGCUUCUCACCCCUAGGGUCUGCUUGGUGAGGAGGUUCAAGUGACUGAUGCCAUACACAGAAUGAACCCUUUUGUGCAAAAAAAAAAUCACGCCAUACGUAAAACCCAUACCCUUAUAUUUGUUCCAGCAAGUCCUCCCAUAUAUAUAAUGUAUUUGUGCUAUGGUCUGACUCCAAGAAAAAAAAAAGCCUUAAUGGAGGAUGGAUGCCCUAAAGUUCGGGUUGUGACUUCUGAUCAUAUUCAGCAGCACAUGGAGCAGUAUGUGUUCUCAUAAUUCCAAUGUAAAUGAGAUUUUUCUGCUGAAUCUUUUAAAUAAAUUUGGACUGUUUAUCUUUGUUAAAAUAAUCAAGGAGUUCCAAUUUUGAUGCAUAAAGUCCAAGCGUAUAAUAUAUUUGUAUUUCCUGUAAUACAUGUCCCGUUUCUGGCUGCCACAAAUUCUGUUGCUUCUGCAGCAUACUAUUUGCAGCCAUAACCUUGAGUUUAAGUUGGGUUAAGUUGUGCUUUACUAAUUCCUGAUUUUUUGCAUGUUUUAUACUACUAGUAAUAUUGUACAGAAGUUUGAAAUAAUUUGAUCUCCUGAAUCUCAGUUCUAGUACACAACUGCAUUUGUGCACCGUUCUAGGCCUGAAACUGGUUUGCUUCGCAAUACAAUGUUCCAUUUUCCUCUGGUUGUAGCCUUAAGGGAGGAUGUUCAGACCCAAAAAAAAGCCUUAAUGGAGGAUGGAUGCCCUAAAGUUUGGGUUGUGACUUUUGAUCAUAUUCAGCCGCAUGCAGCACAUGGAGCAGUAUGUGUUCUCAUAAUUCCAAUUAAUAUUGUUCGACGAUUCACUGGAGCGCUCUUGCAAAAAUUAGUAUUUAAAUUCCUCAAACUUGCAAAAUUUAAAGCUCUGUGAGCUAGUGGCAUUGGUCUUCUUGCGAAUACAAAGGUUGUGUGUGUCUUGGCUUCAAAGCCAAGCAAGAUUGUGGAGGCCCCCCAUCCUUGGAAAGAAAAAAUAAACUUGUUUCCAUAUUGUAGGAUGUUGCUAUUUUAUUCCCUUACAAUUUGAAAAACAAGAUUUAGGUAUCUUGUAUGUUCACAUGGCUGAUGUACUUCAACAUUCGCUGAAUCAUGACCUUAGCAACCUGAUAUGGAGUCAUAAUACUGUUAUUUUUCAGGGAGCCUUCAUUUGGAGCUGCAAUGCAUUGGUUUCUGAGAUUAAAGCAUCACAAAAGGAGUUUGAGAGGAUGCUUCAGGAACACAGUUCUGUUCUACUAGA